UCUCCAGGUACAACAAACAAACGCGCAACAAAAACGAAAUCAUUUCCAUUUUCAGCACAUCGUAGCUUCUCCGGCAAUAUUCAAGCGUAUCGGAGGUAAAUAACGCCAAUUCCGACCAACUUCCCAUGCGAUGGACACCCAAGAACUGGAAUUAACCAUCUCUGCCGAGGAAAUUUGUCGAGCCUGUCUGGCUGCGGUCGAUCGAACGCAGCUUAAACCGAUAUUUUGUAGUGAAAUUUUGGAUGGACGCAUCGUACCGUUUCCAAGUGUGCUGGAACUGGCUACGGGAGAGAAGCCUAUAAAACAUGACAAACUGCCCAACAAUGUUUGUAUCGAGUGCAAAGGUAAGCUCCGGGAUCUGUAUCUGUUUGUUAACAUGGCCAAAAAGUCCAGCAAACUUAUGUAUGAAAUAUUCACCGUUGAACCACCACCAAAACCGGCGGUGGUGGAAUCGAAAGCUACUACCAACAUCAAGCACGCACAGGUGCAAACGGAAGCAGUGGCGGAACCAAUUCCACCACAGGACACAGACAGUAGCUUACCUAAGGCCGCCAAAUGCAAUGAAAUGGGAACUCAGGUUGAACUGGAACACUUUUUGCCUUCCACCGCCGAAUCGGGUUGUCAAACAGAUGAGCAGAUGGAGAUGGAAAAUAUAAUCAUUUGUUCGGCAUCGUCCGGAUCGAUCAAAGUCGACGACGAAACAACGACACCUACCGUACUGGGUGAAGAGGACGAAUCGUCAUCGCGGGAGCAUGAAAUUUUGAAUGAAAACUCCAUCGAUAAUACAUUGAUACAUUUUGGCGAUGAUGAGAACGAGUACGAAAUGAUUCUGCUUGGGGACGAGCCGGAUGAAGCGGAAAACUUUACGUUGCAUUCACUAGAGAGCGACGAAAAGAAGCAGAUCAUUUUGCAUACCAGCAGUACUAGUAGUAGCCCGCACAGGGAGUCGAAAAUAAUAAACCACCGCAACUUACUGCCAAAGCAACUCACUAACGACAGACAGAAGCGGUCGUCGCGCAGUGUAAAGAGCGAACAUUGCGGCUACUGCAAUUUGACGGGCCGUCCAGCGCUGCUCGCGCAACAUUUUCAGGUUCACAAGGAAACGCUCGAGCUUUGCUUGGAAUCGACCGACUACUAUCGAUGUUCCGAAUGCUUCAUGGUAUUCAUCUCCCAGACACACUUUGUCGACCAUGUGUGCCACCCGGUACUGCCGACCGAGGAAGUUCUCUACCAUUCCGAUCUGCAGACGCACGAAGAGUUCUACCGUAAUGGGAUCGUCCUAUGUAUGCCACGAUUGAAGACGAUCAAGAAGAUCGGCAACAGGUACCAGUGUGGUCGCUGCAUGAAGUACACCACGAACAGUUUCGAAACGAUGCGCCAGCACUGUCUUACGCACGAGGCGGAGGACGAAAAAAUCGACGACAUCGAUGUGGUGUGGAAGAGCAAUCUGCUGAACGUGAUGCACGUCUGUGGAGUGUGCAAAGGACACUUUCCGGACGCAACGUACAUACGGCAGCAUCUGUACUUCCAUCAGGACUCGUACAUAUGCGUGUACGACUGCGGCAUGAUCUUCGUAAGCUUUCUGCGCAUGACGCGCCAUUUCGAGCGCAAGCACUUGAUGCAGGAGGAAGGCGAGCUGACCGAGCCCGAUGCUGGUCAGCAGCAGGAGCCGGAAGUUGACUAUCCGUGCAAGCUGUGCGGCAAACUGUUGACCAGCGAAGAAUCGCUCAAAAACCACCUAAAGUACCACGUGCGACCGCGCAAGUACGUUUGCAUGGAGUGUAAAAAGAGUUUCAGCCAGCGAAGUGAUCUCAACAAUCACCUCCGCAUUCACACAGACGAGCGGCCGUACGCGUGCAAGCUGUGUGAUAAGAAAUUUCGCACCAACAGCCACCUGCGGGAUCACAUGUUCACGCACGAGGAGGUGAACAAGUUCGAGUGCGACGUGUGCCACAAGAUGUUCAAGGCAAAGCGGAUCCUGGCCGAGCAUGCACGGUUGCACUCGGGCAAAAAACCGUACCAGUGCAAGCAAUGUUCUAAAUCGUUCGUCCGCAAGCAGCAUCUUAUAGUGCACCAAAAAACACACGACAAGGCGGAAGGCGCUGGGUCUACGACAAAGGAGGGUGACAAAACGGCAAAGAAAGUAUCGUAAAUGGUUGUCUCGUUGGUAUUUACAAUGUUUAGGUCUUUUUGGGACGAGGAACAAACCGUGGAAGGAUAAUAUUAAGAUUUUAAACCAGAUCUACGCAGAUUUGGGUGAGAACAGACAAUUAACAGUAACUUUAAGGCGCUCCAGAAACGCAUUUUAAAUAAACGUUAUAGUUUUACGUUUUUCUUAAA